CCAUCCCUCCCUCCUCCCUCCUCCCUCCUCUCUCCGGGUUUCCGAUUUCCCGGCCACCGCCCUCCUCUCUCUAUUUAACUAGUUGUAUUACCCACAUCUCUCUCGCCCUCCUCGUCUUCUCUCUCUCUCUAACCCAUCAACGGUGCCUUCUCAUCAUCAUCAACCCCCCUCCCUAACCCCCUCCGGAUUCAAGAAGCAGAGGCUCCGGCGAUGAUGUCUUCGCCCGCCUCUUCGCCGCCUCCUUGGAUCCCGACUUCGCCCCUCUCUCCCCCGAACCGCGGAUCCUCAAGUCCCGCCUCGUCGCCGGCGAGACCCUCUACGGCCUCUUCCUCCUGCGCUCCUCCCCGACCCUCGCCGAUAUCGCCGGCCUCGCCGGCUACGACUACGGGGUCGUCGACAUGGAGCACGGCUCUGGCGGCAUCGCCGAGGCCCUCCCCUGCCUCCGCGCCCUCGCCGCCGCCCGCACCCCAGCCAUCCUCCGCCGAGGCCCUCCCCUGCAUUAUCCCAUCAUUUAUUUAUUUAUAAUUGCAUUACAUUUAUUAUCACUGUUUUUACUUCCAGAUUUGAGAGAAGAUGCAUGAAUUCUUUAUUUUAUUUUAUUUUAUUUUUUCUGUUGGUAAUCCAACCUCUUUGUCUUUCUCCGAUUUCGAUUAGGGUUGUGAAGCAAUUAUCUUUUCUAAACCCCUUUUGGUACGACAUAUUGUUGGUCUGAGGAACAUGAUAGAUAUGCUUCAUUAGCCCUGAUAUUUUGCGUUGUCUUUGGCUUCAGACCUUCUUGAAUUAAAGGAAGUUGCAUUUCUUUGAUUAUGGGAAGCGUUUCUUGAAAUCUUAGCUUUGCCUGCGUUAAGGGAAGAAGGGGCAUCUCAACAGCCAGACCUUUUUGAAUUAAAGAAGUCGCAUUUCUUUGAUUAUGGAAAGCGUCUCUUGAAAUCUUAGCUUUGCCCGCGUUAAGGGAAGAAGUAGCAUGUCAACAGCCAGGAAGAGAUCCUGUUCUCAGAGACAGCGAUGCUCAGAAGCAAUGCAGUUGCGAAGAAAAUCUUUGCCACAUGAAAAUGCACUGCACCACACGGUUAUUCUUUACCAGCAAGGAGAUAUGCCCAAAAUUUAUCAUGGGUAAUGCUUAGUGCUGGGACCGGUCCUCUUCGCCCACGAACAAUGUCGAAGCAGGAUCAAUGGACCAAGGUGUGCCUCGUCGAGUCAGUGAUGAAGUUUUCGUUGCCAUGUCUAAGGCACUCAACUUCAUAAACCCAGAUGAGCUUUCCAUGCAAUGCAUCCUUAUUGCUUUAAAUCGAUUUCUUCAGGAAAAGCAUGGUUCCAAAAUGGCCUUCUUAGAUGGUAACCCUCCUGAGAGGCUAUGCAUGCCAAUUGUUGAUCACAUUCAGUCAUUGGGUGGUGAAGUCCAACUAAAUUCACGUAUACAAAAAGUUGAACUGAACUGUGACGGAACCGUGAAACACUUUGUGCUCACCAAUGGAAAUAUUAUCAGUGGCGGUGUUUAUGUUAUUGCCACUCCUGUUGAUAUCUUGAAGCUUCUUUUGCCUCAAGAGUGGAGGGAAAUUUCAUACUUUAAGAAGCUGGACAAAUUAGUGGGAGUUCCGGUGAUUAAUGUUCAUAUAUGGUUUGACAGGAAACUGAAGAACAAUUAUGAUCAUCUUCUUUCCAGCAGUAGGAUCCAGUCCAUCAACACCAGCAGUUGUCCUAUGGAGCAACAAUAGCAACAGGUCAAUCUUGAGAGCCACUGGCUCAGUAUUGCUCUCAGCUCUCAGCUCUCCGCUGAACUGCUAUGGCCAUCACAACCUUCGAAGUUGCCACUGGUUGAUCAGAGAACAUUACCUGCUUGCUUCCUAUAGAAAGCUUUACAAAAACUUUCAUUACUUUCAUCCAUCUAGUUGUGAUUUCUUAGCACAUUAUUUGCAGUUGAUAGAAAAAAACAAUUCUUUGGUGUAUUUUUUUAAGGAAUUCCUUGGUGUAUUUGAUAUGAUUAAACUUUUAUUUAUUAUGGAACUUAGGUUGACUUGCUGUCUUC